AUGUCCAGGGAGAAGUCAUUGAACCUGUUGCCUAUGGUUGACAGUUUUGGGAGAGCCAAGCAACAGAUCAUACUAGAAACAGAAAAAGAAAAGAAGAUUGAUGAAAGUUACCAGGGUAUGUAUAAGCAAUUUGUGGAGAUCAUGAGGAGCUUUCUCGUGGCUGCUGUUCCUACACAUGGAUGCACGAAGAUAUUGCUCGUGAGGAGUUGCAAGUGUUCAAGGAGGGAAGUGGAACACAAGAACUUUGCCGGGGUUCCUUCUUGGAGACCGCCUAUUAAGACCUGCAAUGGUCAAGGUAGUCUGGAGAAGAACAGUGCUUUGGCGUUUGAACAUAGUUGA